AUGCGCAUCCUCCUCGCCCUCGGCGCCAUCCUCGGUGUCCUAACAACGCUCAUGUACACACUCGACUCGCACCUCGCUAAAUUCUACAUCUUCACCCCAUCCUCACUGCACAGCCUCAGCCAAGAAGCCAUUUCCCUCUACGGAAACGACACUGCCUCUGUCGUCUCGCACAUUGUAUCUUCCCUGUCUGCAACCCACGGUCCCCACAUCAACCUAGACGAAGAAUGGAUCUUCAACAAUGCGGGUGGUGCCAUGGGCGCCAUGUACAUUAUCCACGCAUCAAUUACCGAGUAUCUGAUUGUUUUUGGGACGGCAAUUGGGACCGAGGGUCAUACCGGUCGGCAUACGGCGGAUGACUAUUUCCAUAUUCUCAAGGGCGAGCAAUUGGCUUAUCGACCUGGAAAGGGCGUUUACGAGGCUGAGAGAUAUCCCCAGGGGAGUGUGCAUCAUCUUACCAGGGGUGACGUUAAGCAGUAUAAGAUGGAGAGUGGGUGUUUUGCGCUCGAGUAUGCGAGGGGAUGGAUUCCGCCUAUGCUUGGGUUUGGGUAUGCUGAUACCUUUUCGAGCACAUUGGACUUCCCAACCCUCUGGAGGACUACCGUGGUCACUGGACGGGAAAUGAUUAGAAACCUGAUGAUGGGCAAGUUGUAA